AUGCGUUCCUGAAUGAGGUGUGUAUUCUCGUUUUAAAGUGUCCGUUUAUUUUAAUUUUUUUCUUUGCUAAUUUUCGCGACAAAAGAAACAUGUGGAAAUUGCUGUGGGUGGCCAUUCUAGUGGCCGUGCUCACCACAUAUGCAAAUGCAAAUCAUGAGAAAAACAAACGUGCUAUAAAGAAUAAUUAUCAAAUUCCGAACUUAUUGCCACCGAUUCAUUCUUCUUUAAAAGGCCAAGAAGAUGCCAUAGUGAUUGAGUCGAAUUUUCCGGGAUACGAAUAUACAACCCCAAAACCGAUUGGAUAUGUUUAUGCAAUUCCGAAUGUUACAAUAUUGACUCCAACGUCAACUACAACAACUACAACAAAAAAGCCGUUUACGCCAGGAAACUCUUAUUUACCGCCAAGGACUACACCAUCGACGACUACAACCACUACAACUACGCCAUCGACGACUACAACCACCACUACUACUACACCAUCGACUACAACCACCACCACAACUACACCAUCCACAACAACUACAACUACCCUUAAGCCGACCUAUCUGCCCCCGUAUAAGCGAACAUAUCUUCCACCACCGGCACCUACAAGAGAACCAGUGAGGCCGACGCUCAUACCAUAUCCAUCAGUCAAGUACGAACCGAUUAAACUAAGUACUACCUACAGGCCAUUUAAAUCGUAUCAGAAACCAGGACCAACACCAACCACACCGCGCAGCACGACGCACCCUGUGUUGAUACGGGGUUACGAAUACCUACCCCCCAAGGAAUAUCUACCCGUCUUCGAAACCCGCAAACGAUGAGACCUGAUAACGCAAAUGAUUUGAUGAGCAUUGUCAAUUAAUAAAAUGUGCAAAUCUUAAAUAUUAAUGAUAUUAAUAUUUAUUAAUAACAGAAAUAUUAUUUGAUGGCCAAUGGUAACGCUGAGUUCAA